AUGGGCGAAGUAUAUUUGGAUAAGAACGGGAACCUGGAAGUGGAUUUUGAUAUAGUGAGAUGGCUGGUAUUUCCCAAUCGGUCCCUAGCUGGAGUGAAAGUGGGGAGUGUCGAGAGACAGGCGCCCCCCGACUCCAAGUUCACUAUCGAGCAGGACUCUAUCUUGUGGCCCAGCAAGCGCGUGCCCCGGUCCAGGUGUACCAAGAGCUGUCGGCCUGGAAACGCCAAGGUGGCUCAGGAAGGGAAGCCCUUUUGCUGCUACGACUGUCUUCCGUGCCCGGAAGGGACCAUCUCCACACAGGAAGAUGCAGCGCAUUGCUCCUGGUGUCCAGAAGAUCAGCAUCCAAACACAAAUCAAACGGAAUGUGUCCCCAAGGCGACAACCUACCUGACCUAUAAAGAACCACUCGGGGUCAUCCUGGCUUUCUUCUCUUUGUUGCUUUCCUUAAUCACUGGCUUUGUGUUAGGCCUGUUCAUUAAAUUCCUGGACACUCCCAUAGUCAAAGCCAACAACCGGGACCUCACCUACAUUCUCCUGGUCUCCCUCCUGUUUUCCUUUCUCUCCUCCUUUCUAUUCAUCGGCCAGCCUGGGAAGGUGACCUGCCUUCUCCAACAAACCAGCUUUGGCAUCAUCUUCUCAGUAGCUGUCUCAUCUAUUUUGGCCAAAACGUUCACUGUGGUGGCGGCCUUCAUGGCCACCAAGCCAGGCAACAGGAUGAGGCAAUGGAUGGGAAAGGGUCUGGCCAACUCCAUUGUCAUUUCCUGUUCCGCUGUUCAAGUUGGCCUCUGCCUCAUCUGGCUGGGUUUCUCUCCCCCCUUCCCGGACUCUGACAUGCACUCCCAGCCUGGGCACAUCACCCUGCAGUGCAAUGAGGGCUCUGUUGCCAUGUUUUAUAUUGCCCUGGGCUACCUGGGCUUCCUGGCUGCCGUCUCCUUCAUGGUGGCUUUCCUGGCCAGGAAGCUGCCCGGGGCCUUCAACGAGGCCAAGCUGAUCACCUUCAGCAUGCUGGUCUUCUGCAGCGUCUGGGUGUCCUUCGUGCCCUCCUACCUGAGCACAAAGGGGAAGUACAUGGUGGCUGUGCAGGUCUUCUCCAUCUUGGCCUCCAGUGCUGGCUUGCUGGGCUGCCUCUUCCUUCCCAAAUGCUACAUUAUUCUACUGAGGCCUGAUCUUAAUACCAAGGAACACCUAAUGAUAAAAGUGAACUGA